AUGCCGUAUGGGUUACUUGCUUUGCUUUCAGAGAUUCAAGAAUCAAAAUUUCCUCCUCAUUGUUUGACUGAUGAUUUUCCUUCAAUGUUGGCUUGGUUAAGCUUCCAUGGGGCACUUUCUGAAUUACACAGCACUGUAAAUGUAAGAGUUGUCCUUAAGACAUUACUUGCUCAAAACCAUAUUCGAGCGGACGGAAUCGAGAAUUCCAAAGAGGGUUCUAUGGACAGCUUAUAUGAGCCUGUCCCAGAGCAACGAGCUAACCAAGAUAACACCUGGGAUGGAACUGGUUCUCCAUCAUCACCCUUUGGGGAGCGUGGACAAGCAUACAGCAAUCACUCUAUGGCUAUAAAAUCAAAUGAUGACUCAAUGAGAUCAAUGGGGACAUUCAACAAACUACAGAAGCUGGUUUGGACCAAGAAAUCCAAACAGCAUCAGGAUGAAGUGAAAAAUACAUUGAUAAAUCUCCAAGAUGAAGAUGACACAUUGAUUUCCUGUAUGAAAUUAACCAAAUCCCAAGAAAAGAAGGUUUGUAAAGUUAGCACAAGGAAGACGGUUGGAACAGAGAAGAUUAGAUUGGAUUCCAUUUCUACAUCACUGGAUAGAUCCAGCAUUUUAAAUAGGUGUGACUUGGAAGAUAUGUUAUCCCAUUAUGAAGGUGAAAGUUAUAUGCGGAACAGCUGGAAGUCUUUUUCAGAAAACCGACUCUGGACACGUGUUGAUUUCAAAAUUUCCCCAAGUGGACCCUGGGGAAACUGCUCUUGCUGUACUCACCACACACUUCUAAAGUCUUCUUGCACAGAUAUGGAUCUCCCACAUUCGUGGCGCAGCAGCAGCUUUGGGAAUUUUGAUCGUUUUAGGCAUAAACCAGAUGAUUUCACAUCAAAACCAGAUGGUUCGACUGAGGUGUAUGAAGGUGAACCGAUAAAUGAAAAUGGAGAACAAAAUAAAACUUCAAAUAAUGAAGGCGGUUUUGGUAAAAAAAUGAGAGCUAUUUCCUGGACCAUGAAGAAAAAAAUGGGUAAAAAAUACAUAAAAGCCCUUUCUGAGGACAAGGAUGAGGAAGAUGGACAGGAUGCCCUCCCUUAUCGGAACAGUGACCCCAUGAUUGGGACCCACACUGAGAAGGUCUCCCUCAAAGCCAGUGACUCCAUGGAUAGUCUCUACAGUGGGCUGAGCUCAUCAAGUGGAAUAACAAGUUGUUCAGAUGGUACAAGUAACCGGGACAGCUUUCGGCUUGAUGAUGAAGGUCCCUACACAGGACCAUUCUGCGGUCGUGCUAGAGUGCACACAGAUUUCACGCCAAGCCCCUAUGACACUGACUCCCUCAAAAUCAAGAAAGGAGACAUUAUAGACAUUAUUUGCAAAACACCAAUGGGGAUGUGGACGGGAAUGUUGAACAACAAGGUGGGAAACUUCAAAUUUAUUUAUGUGGAUGUCAUCUCAGAAGAGGAAGCAGCCCCCAAGAAAAUAAAGGCACAUCGAAGGAGUAAGAGGGAAAAACCAAAGACUCUGCAGGAGUUCUUAGAGAGGAUUCAACUUCAGGAAUACGCUUCAACACUCUUGCUCAAUGGCUAUGAGACUCUAGAAGAUUUAAAGGAUAUAAAAGACAGUCAUCUCAUUGAAUUAAAAAUUGAAAACCCAGAAGACAGGAUGAGAUUACUAUCAGCUGCUGCAAAUCUCCUUGAUGAAGAAACUCUUCAAGAUCAAGAAAAUGAACCUGUGCCCCUAUCCAUAAGCCCAGACACCUCCUUAAAUAAGUCACAGUUAGAUGACUGCCCAAGGGACUCUGGUUGUUAUAUUUCAUCAGAAAAUUCAGAUAAUGGCAAAGAAGAUCUGGAGUCAGAAAAUCUGCCUUCCAUGGUACAGAAGAUUACUAUCACAGAGCCCAGUGGCUGA